AUGAUUGCUUUUUUGCUCAACCAGAUUUUGAGCGCCACCUACCUCAUGGACCAGAAAAUCAGGCUGGAGGAUCGGCAAGAAGUCUUUGCCUACUUCGGCACCUGUUCCAGGGCCAUACUCUCCAUGUUUGAGCUCACGUUGGGCAAUUGGCCAGUGAUCGCCCGGGUGCUCCAGGACAAGGUGCACGAAGCCUACUUCAUUUUCUCGAUCGCUCAUAAAGUUACCAUCGGCUUUGCGGUCAUUGGCGUGAUCAACGGCGUGUUCAUGCAGGAGACGUUCAAGGUGGCUGGCUCAGAUGACAAGAUCAUGAUGCGCCAAAGGGAGCGGGAACGCAAGCUCCAUACGAAGAAGAUGAAGGUCUUGUUUGAGCAUGCUGACGAGUCUGGGGAUGGAAUCCUUGACAUUGAGGAGUUUCGCCAAGUCAUGGAGAACCCGUCCGUUCGGACAUGGCUGGCAGCACAGGACCUUCACAUGAAUUCACCAGAAGCUUCAGACCAACUCUUCAGGCUAUUGGAUGAUGGCGACGCAGCUCUAACCGCUCAAGAGCUUGUUGAGGGGGUUGCGCGAUUGAAAGGACCGGCAAAAAGUAUGGACUUGGCGGUCUUCAGCCUAGAAUUUAGGCGCGUGGGGCAGAUGGGUGGCUUUCAAACUGAGACAUUCCCUCGGUCAGGCCGCUGGGGCAGUUUGCUGUGA